AUGGCUGACUACGAUGUGUACCAAUCCCUCGAGACGGAGCAGGAAUUCUUCGAAGAACUCGACGAUGUGGUCGGCACCCAAUACCAGUCCCACGACCUGAUAGACGAGACGCUGCGCUCCUGGCUCUACCUCGCCUCCAUGUUCCGCGACAAGUUUUGCGACGCCGAGGACGACAUUGCCGCCUGCGCCCAGAAGCUGCUCGCGAGCCAGCUCUUCGUCGACAACAGGGACUACGUGCGCACCCAGAUCAUCUUCAGCCUGCUGCAGGAGGACGAGCCCAACAGCCUCUACCUCAUCACCUGCUUUCUGCUGCUCGACGGCCGCGCCGACGAGGCCACCUUUACGCGUAUGGUCGAGGAGGCCUGCUUCCCGCGCCUGCUCGAGCUCAUCAACGGCCGCAAGGACCGCGAUCCCAGGCUGCAUCGCCUCUUGCUGGAGCUCAUGUACGAGAUGUCGCGCAUUGAGCGCCUGCGCACCGAGGAUCUCUUGCAGAUUGAUGACGGGUUCAUCAACUAUCUGUUUCAGAUCAUCGAGGAGCUGUCCAACGAUGUUCACGACCCGUACCACUAUCCGAUCAUUCGUGUCCUCCUCGUGCUCAACGAACAGUACAUGCUCUCCUCGACCAACAUCGGCACCGACCCUCUCGCGCCCUCGGCCCCUCUGACAAACAGAGUCAUCAAGUGUCUGAGCCUCCACGGCGAUAGCUUUCGGACCUUUGGCGAGAACAUCAUCCUGCUGCUGAACCGCGAGACGGAAACGAGCCAGCAGCUCCUCAUUCUCAAGCUGUUGUACCUCCUCUUCACGACGAAAGCGACGCACGAGUACUUCUACACCAACGACCUCAAGGUCCUUCUCGACGUCAUCAUCCGCAACCUCAUGGACCUCCCGGACGAGAAGGCCUCGUUGCGCCACACGUACCUGCGCGUCCUCUACCCGCUGCUCGCCCACACGCAGCUGAGCCACCCGCCGCACUACAAGCGCGACGAGGUCCACAAGGUCCUGCGCAUCCUCGGCGGCUUUGGCAACUCGCACUUCGCCCCCGCCGACGAGACAACUGUGCGCCUCGUCGAGCGCGUGUCCAAAGUCAAGUGGCUCGCUGCGCCGGACGAAGACGCUGCCGCAGCGGCAUCCGGCGAGGCAGAGGUGGCGCGCAAGUUCCUCGGCAUCAGCCUCUCACCGUCGCAGACUGCCAGCAGCAUCAGCGUCGUCGACGUCGCGGCCGUCAUGGAGAAGCCGGGCGUGCAGACGCCGAGUCGCCGGGCCGAGGCUGGCGGCGAGGCGGCGGCGGCGGCGGGCACGGCGGCAGCCAAGAGGAUACGGCCCGAGGUGCCGCGGCACAGGCACGGCUUGCCGUUUGCAGGCAUCGGCACCGGCAAGAAGACGCCGCCCAAGGCGCCGCCGCCGAGACGCCAUGCCAAGCUGAGGAUCGUAGAGACGCCGCCGGAUGGCGGGCCUGCUUCGGACGUGUGA